AUGGGCAGAAUUUCCUUAGACUUUUUGAGACGCAAAUCCCACGACGACAACGACGACAACAACUCUUCCGAGACUGUGAUGCCGGGAUAUUUACGAGCGAUGCACGAUUUCCCUACCAAAGACUCCAAAAACGACAUCGGGUUACUGAUCUCUCACAAGAAAGAUCGCCUGAGCAUGGACGAGGCGAGAGAGAAAGUACCCGUGCAGAAGAAAACAGAGGAAGAAAAACAAACGACAAAAACUCCCGUUCAACCACCGAGAAAAAGCGCGGAGUUGGAGAGGCAAGACAGCGCGAACGUGAGGAAGGUGCAGGUUUUGUAA